AACCAGCAAAUAGGUUUAUUGCGUUCGUAACAAGUAGGACCUCGCUCUGUACUGGAUUUCCAGUUCCUUCACUGGAAGGAGACAAAAACCCGAUACAAAACCCUCACAGACACAGAGAGGUGCAGAGAAAUAAAAACCUUUCUUGUUCGCCAAUUAUACAAUUAGAGACUAAGUUGAUGGCAUUUAUCAGCGAACUGGAUUAUUUUUAAAGAUUAUAGAUUAUAAUCUAUAUAGUGUGUAUCUAUUGGUUGAGGAUCACCGUCCAUGGCUCUCCCUCUCGGCAAGAUAACCAUCAUUGUUGGUGCAGGUCUUAUCGGCUCAGUCCUAGCAAAAGAAGGGCGCUUUUCUAAUGUUUCUGACCUGGUUUCGGGUGCAUUCAAGAUUGCUUAUAAGCAAAUUAGGCGAGAUGAUUCUACUUCAUCAGUUAGCAAGCCACAUAAUGACUUGUUGAUGGCUCAGGUUAACAGUCUUCGCCAAGAGCUGCAGAUGUUAGCAUCAAGCAGACCACUUACAAUUGUUACUGGAAGUGGGACAGGUGGCAAUAAAUAUGGCAUAAUUGUUGUUGUGGUUGUAGCUGGAUAUGGCUAUGUUUGGUGGAAGGGCUGGAAACUUCCAGACAUGAUGUUUGCAACAAGACGAAGUUUAUCUGAUGCUUGUGCUUCUGUAGCCCAACAACUUGAAAAUGUUUAUGCAUCAAUCAGGAGUACCAGGAGGCAAUUAUCUUCAAAUAUUGAUCGUGUAGAUACUAAUUUAAAUGAAGUUGCUGCUCUCACUGCUGAUACACAUGAGAAGGUUGUGGGACUGUUGGGAAAUUCAGAAAUGAUAGAUGAUAAGGUUAAGAAUGUUCGUGAUGCUGUUGAAACACUGGGAGAAAAAAUCAAAACAAUUGAAGACAAGCAGAUGACGACACUAAGUGGAGUAAAGAGGUUGGUUGAUGUUGCAAUCAAUUUGCAAAAUUUGUCACUCGAAGAGAACACUCAGGCUUCAUCAUCCAGUUCUCGAAUUGCAUUCUCACCAAAGGAGGCUUUGCCUGCUCCAUCCAGUGAACCAACUUCUCCAUCUAUUUCCAGUGGAGCAAUUGAGGUUCAGCAGUCAUUCCAAAAUGCUGCAUUAUCUACACCCCAGCAGAUGAGUAAUGGGAUUUCAAGAGUAGUUUCAGUUUCAAGCGCUUCUGGGCUUUCUGAGGGGAUCCGUACUCUAAGUGAAACAAACAAUGGCUCUUCAGGUUGGUUCAGAUCAUUUCUUCCAAGAACUUACAGUGCGACAAAUGCUGUGUCUCGGCAAACAAGUAGCAGACAAUGAUCUUGAUGAAAUUUUGCUUUGAAGAACAAUACUUUUAUGCGGUAAUUAGUUGUAUAGUGGGAGGUCUUCCAAGGCUUGUUGUGACUGGCCUUGGUCUGUCCCCAGCUAUAUGGACAUACCAGACUGGUACUAAAUUUUGUAGAGAUGUUUAUGCUGGCUUUAAAUUCUUUCUAUGUAUAGAUUCAGUGGAUAUGGGAACUUAGAAGAUGGAAGGGGUGAAACCCAGAUGGAUCUUUACUCUGUUAUGCCGAUUAGUUUGUCUACUGGGACUCUCCGACAACAUAAACAAAAAAUCAUUGUUUCUCAUGAUUUUGCUCUGAUAUUGUUCCUAUGUUUUUUUCCACAA